AUGGCUGAGACCCUACAGGCUCCACUCGCCACAGAUACAGCACUCUCUUCGAGCGCACAAGAAAAACACGACCAUUCGCCAGAUGUGUCAAAACGACAUGAUCCUGAAGCUGCAUCACUCGAGAAAUCGGUGUCUACCGAACCCUUGCAGCCGGAGCCUCCUUUUCCUGAGGGUGGCCUACAAGCUUGGCUUGUCGUCUUUGGAGCUUGGGCAGGACUGUUUGCCGGAUUAGGAAUUACCAACACCAUUGCUGUUUUCCAAUCCUACAUCUCGACACAUCAACUUGCAGACUACAGCGAAAGCAGUAUUGGCUGGAUCUUCUCUCUGUAUACAUUCCUGGCAUUUUUCUGUGGUAUCUACAUUGGUCCAAUUUUUGACAAAUACGGCCCUCGGUGGCUCAUUGCUGCUGGCGUCGUCUGCGUUGUGGCGGCACAGAUGCUCUUCAGCAUUUGUACUGAAUACUGGCACUUCAUCCUGGUGUUUGGAGUGCUCAAUGGGACUGGCUGUUCCCUCUUAUUCACGCCAUGUCUCGCCUCAGUAGGCCACUUCUUCCGUGAACGUCGUGGGUUCGCUACCGGAAUAGCGAGCGCUGGCGGCUCGAUUGGAGGUAUUGUGGCUCCUCUGAUGCUCACUAGCCUCUUCUCAAACCCAUCUCUCGGCUGGGAAUGGGGCAUACGGAUUUACGGCUUCCUGUGUCUCGGCCUUUUGAGUCUCGCCCUCAUAUUCGUCCGUUCAAGACUGCCACCGAAGGAAAACGCCAGCAUUCACCCAGAUCCCAAGAUCUUCAAACAAAAACCAUUCCUGUACACCACGAUCGCCGUCUUCCUGAUGGAGUUCGCACUCUUUAUCCCCAUCGGAUACAUCAGUUCCUAUGCGCGGGCUCAAGGCUUCGGCGAAAGCUUCAGCUUCUACAUCUUGACAAUCAUGAACGCUGGAUCUUUCUUUGGACGUGUUCUGCCAGGAUGGUAUGCUGACCGCAUUGGCGCUUUCAACACAAACACCAUAGCAACCUUCCUCUCAAUCAUCGCCUGUUUCGUUGUCUGGUUGCCCUUCGGUCAUACGAAACCCGGGAUUAUCGUCUUCGCUAUCGUCAUUGGAAUUGCCGGCGGCACGAAUAUCAGCAUCACGCCCGUGUGUAUCAGCAGACUUUGUCCCACGGAAAGUUAUGGGCGAUAUUAUGCGACUUGUUUCUCUGUGGUAAGCAUUGCUUGCUUGAUUGGCAUACCUAUCGGUGGUUCCAUCAUCAGCGCAUGCGAUGGAGACUACUGGGCCUUGAUAGUGUUCACUGGCAUUCUGUACGUCCUGAGUUUCGUCAUGUUCCUGGUAGCGAAGAGCGCGAGUGUGGGAUGGAGGCUUCUAGCGGUAUAUUAG